GUGUUGUUUGUUGUGUAUUUACUAUUUUAAUUGAAAUACCUGUAUUUUUUGUAUCUUUCCUUUGAAUAAAACUUUGUAUACUUUAUAUUUUUAUUAAUGAAAAAAGAUGUCUAUUGACACUAGUUGGGAUAUUGACAAAUAUAAGGAGGACCAUGAGAGUGAUGACCAUUGGGGUUUAAGACGCGCUUUCAUGGAGAAAUGGAAGAAUGAUUACCCCGAGGAGAGACUGGUUUGUUUAGCGAGGGUUUUCGCUAAUAUGGAGUUUAUGGGGUGCAGGUACCCUAUUGAAGUAAUGCAAGAAGUAGCCAGGCUCUCUCAUGAGGUAGCUCAAGAUUAUAGAAAAGCGAAGAAAUUUAAAUUGCAAAGGACAUUUGUUUCUGCAUCUGACGCUGCAGAGGACAGAGCCAAGGGUAUUAAACGAGAAGGUGGCAUUGUGUUAAAUGGACCACCUCAGAAGACCCCAAAAAUCUUAUUUGUACAACAAGGACUUGAAGAUAGUACAAAAGAAGUAACAGAUAAUAAUAUAGAACAAUUAGAUAAUGAAGUUAGUAAAGAAUCUGAAAAAAAUUUGCCUGAAAAAAAAUCUUCACAAGUGAUUGAUGCUAACCAAUUUCUAAAUGAAAUGAUGAAAAUUGAAUGUAUAGAUGUUAGGUUGUUUAAUGAGAGUAUGUUUCAUACUGCAUUUGGGAAAUUGGUUCUGUUAAUCAGAUCUUGGUCUAGUAGAUUGGAAAAUAUACGAUCAAGCUGCCAAGUGUGUGGAGUACCAAUAAGAACAGUGUAUGAGAAUAACUAUUUCUCAAUGUUUUUGAAUGAAAAACUGUUGGCGCAAGCCACUGGCAUUAGUAAGGUAGAAGCUAGGAGUAUAGUUGAAGUGUUAGCCUGGAAUCGAUUACGCGAAGAAGCAAUAAGUAUAUUGGUGAAAGAGCAAUGGAUAGCUCAGGGAGAUUCCAGAAUAUCAAUGCGCGAUGUGUCCACGAGAAAGGGGGAUUUUGGCACCCCCAUUGAGAAUAGUGUAGCUACUAAAAUGAUGAAACUAAUGGGGUGGAAAGGUGGAGGGCUGGGCGCCGACGCACAGGGCAUAGCUGAACCUAUUAAACCCAAUUUACAAAUGGUGAAUCGUGCGGGUCUCGGCAGCGCAGACGCUGACAUCCGGCAACUGAGACGCGCCGCCCAAGACCUUAUGCAGCGGUACUUCGCCUCCGACACCCUGGACGUGGACCUGGUCUUCAGCAGCGAGUUCAAUAAAGAGGAGCGAGCGCUACUGCACCAACUCGCGCAAAGGGCAGGACUGUCUUCGAGAAGUUACGGGGAUAAGGAUAGAUUUCUAGUAGUAAAAAAAAAGUUGGAUCCGUUCUCAUUGGCGCGCGCCGUUAUAGAAAAGGGCGGGAACACGCCGAAGUAUCAAGUAUUUAUACCUGUCGCUGUUGGCAAGAGCAACGGCAGAUGAAUAUGUACAUACUAAACACACAAAAAGAAGAAUGAAACGACAUUCAACUUAUAUCAUAAUGAAAUGAAUAAUUUGAAAGUUGCUUCAUUAAUCAGACAAAUCUAU